GUUCCGUUUCGGGUUCCCUCAGUAGCAUAGAAUCCCACCCGAUGGCCGCGAGCCACCAUAAAGACAGGGCAGAACUUGAAUUCAUCCGCACGAUCCAGAAAUUGGUGCUUGAGGGUCCUGGCCUAGGCGUAGGUGGGAUCAGGCCCGGGGUAGUGGGGCGUCGUCGGGCUGGUGCAGAAGACACGCAGCAGGAUGGGAGGCCACGCGUCGGGUCCACAGCGCACAUCCUCUGUGCGGUGAAUAUCCAACAUGACGAGUUUAAUCCCCGCUUGCUUGUUGUCGCACUCGUAGAAGAAGUGGGUGGCGAGCGUGAAAGGGGAGAAGGUCGGUCGGUGACUGGCGGGGUCGGGGUUGUGUUGCAAGGGCUUACCCAACAGAACGGUGAGUAUGGCUGCCCAGAGGCUUCCGGUCAGGAGGGCGCCGUAGGGAGGUUGGCCCUGCUCGGCCUGGGAGACUCGUCGGGCGAUGUUGUCGUCGUCCAGGUACUUCCGGCUGGCGUGGUUGUGAGAGGGAAUCCACAUUGAACCUCGGCACUCCUCCCACUCAGUUCUCGGGGGGUUUGGUGGCAUUGUUGGUUGUCUUAGUAGAUAGCGACGGUCAAGUUAGG